UGUGAGUGUGUGUGUGUGUGUGUGUGUGUGUGUGUGUGUGUGUGUGUGUGUGUGUAUAUUCCUGGAUAGAGUUAAGAUGGAGGACCAGUUCGUUGUAAGGAUGUGAAUGAUCGCAGGGCUGUUUUUUUGUUAGCUUCCCCCCUCCCUUCCUCCCUUUAAUUUUCCCCCCUCCCUCUUCCUCCCCGCACUUAUGGAGGUCCUUACAGUAUUACAACAUGCAUAGGAAGGGCAAUGGAGAGCUCCCUUUGCCGGAUGGUUGGGAAGAAGCGAGAGAUUACGACGGUAAAGUCUUUUAUAUUGAUCACAACAGCAAGCAAACGAGCUGGAUCGACCCCCGAGACAGAUUUACCAAACCCCUGACAUUUGCAGAUUGUGUAGGGGAUGAGCUGCCUUUGGGUUGGGAGGAUGCCUACGACCCACAGAUUGGUAUCUUUUACAUUGACCACAUCAACAAAACCACACAGUUAGAGGACCCACGGGCGCAAUGGAGGAAAGAGCAGGAGCGGAUGCUGAAGGAUUACUUGAUGGUGGCUCAGGACGCUCUCAACACACAGAAAGAACUCUACCAGGUCAAGGAGCAAAGGUUAACUCUAGCCAUCGACGAAUAUGUGCGCCUCAAUGAUGUCUGGAAGGACAAGAGCAGUUCACGGACCAGUUUGUUCUCAGGAUCUUCAUCAAGCACUAAGUAUGAUCCUGAUAUCCUGAAGGCUGAAAUAACAACUACAAAAUUCCGGGUAAACAAGCUGAAGAGAGAACUAUCCCAGAUGAAACAAGAACUGUUCUACAAAGAGCAAGGGUUUGAAACCCUUCAAGAGAUCGAUCGCAAGAUGUCAGGAGUCCACAGUGGUUAUGAACUGAGAGAGGCUAAAGCCAUCUUAAGUGAAUUGAAGACCAUCAAGAAGGCCAUUAAUAUGGGGGAGAAAGAGAAACAAGACCUAAUGCAGAGCCUUGCCAAAUUGAAAGACCGAUUCCAUUCCAAGCAGCUCAUGGGAACCUCUGAAUCAGGCUUGCAGUCUAAUCCAGCCAAUUCCCAUCUCUCCAUCUCCAGACAGUGCCUAGAUGCUGGUUCCCAAACGGAUAUCAUUGGUGAUUUUGGUCCAAGAAGCCAAGCCAAUUUGGCAGAAAAAGUCAGGCUAAGUCUUCAAUAUGAAGAGGCAAAGAGAAGAAUAGCAAAUAUAAAAAUUGAAUUAUCAAAGCUGGACUCCGAGGCAUGGCCGGGGCUGUUGGACGUCGAGCGAGACAGGUUGAUGCUGAUUAAUGAGAAGGAGGAGCUGCUCAAGGAGCUGCAGUUUGUGACGCUAAGGAAGUGCUCGCAAGAUGAGCUGGAGCGGCUGGAAGCAGAGAGGAAACGAUUGGAAGGAGAGCUUCACUCUGCAUCGAGCACACCCAGUGAAGCAUUGACUGAGAGACUGAAGUUACAAGAGAAGAGAAAGGGCCUGGUUCAGCAGCUGGAGGAUGCGACCCAAUUAAUCAUGUUUCUGCAUUCGCAGCUGAAAAGCCUUUCAGCAAGCACACUGUCCGUGUCGUCUGGGAGCAGCCUGGGAUCACUCACGUCAAGCAGGGGCUCCCUAAACACGUCCAGCAGGGGUUCCCUCAACUCCCUUAGUUCCACCGAGCUCUACUACAACCAGUCAGACCAAACAGCCGACCUAGAGUACGAGUACCAGUACAAGCAGCUGGACUUCAUUGUGCAAGAUAAAGCUGUAUACAGUCCCUCAGGGCCCAUAACCACCAUCCACGAAAAUGAGGUGGUAAAAUCCCACAAGGAGCCACGCUGUGAAGAAUCUGCGGACACCUCUGCUUCGGGACAUGGCGUGAAAUCUCUAAUUGAGUCUUCGAAGUCGGUCACCUCCUUGUCCUCCAGAUCUUCGCUCUCUUCCCUGUCUCCUCCGAGCUCGCCCCUGGUCUUGGAUACAGUAUUUUUGUCCUCGGCCCAGGAGUCAGCUUUGCAUCCUGUGGCAGCAGACUUUGAAGGCUGCGAGUUGCACCAAGGUUUUGUGAGCCUCAGCCUGUAUGGCAGCAGCGAGAGCCAAAUGUUGCCGGAAUCUGGUCAGGCCAGCAGGACUCGAACGCCUUACCUGACCGUGGAGCCUGGGAUUCGAAGCAGAGCUGGACACUUCCUGAAUGAGGCUAAAGGCCUCAGUGAUGAACUAGCAGUUCCUCUCUCUACCAUGAACGAAGGCAUUGCAGGUGUGGAUUUACAACGAGGAGAAGAAAAAGUGGCAUGUGUUUCAGCUGCAGUCUCUGAUGAAUCGGUUGCUGGAGACAGUGGAGUUUACGAGGCCUCUGUCAAACGGCCAAGUGAAAUGGAAGAUGCUAUUUAUGAUGAAGAUGAGGCUUCCACAUUAGAAGCAGCUCAAAUUCAGAUCGGACUGAAGUAUGAUCCCACCAGUGGAAGUUUUAUUAUAAUUCUCAUACAGCUGAGAAAUCCGACUGCUCUACUUGUGCCCCCUGGAGGUAAAGUGUAUAUCAGAACUGCUUUACUUCCAAGUUCGUGUGACUCCAGCAGCCUGUUCCGCACAAAGGUUCACAGUGUUGCAGAGACUCUCGUCUUCAAAGAGGUAUUCAGGGUAGCCAUUACCCAAGAGGCUUUGCAUCAGAAGACACUGCGAGUGGAUGUGUGCACUGUGGGGAAGACACAGGUGGAGGAUUGUCUGGCUGGGACCCAAAUCAGUCUGGCAGACCUCUCCUGCAAGGGAGAGACUUUCACCAGCUGGUACAACAUGCUGCAUUACAAGAACAUGAAUAUUCAUAAUCCAAAGAACAAAGCACAAAGAAAAGAAGCCUUUCUCAUGCCGCAACCUUGCAGUACUCUAGACAAGGAUGCUGUGUCCGCACUGCUGGAGAGGACAUCUGUUGAGCUGCAGGCAGUGGAGCAGGAACUAGCUACUGAAGACAGAGAGGCCAUACGAGGCGAGGAGUGGCUACAGAUGCUGGUGGAAGAUACUACUGAGGCACAGGAUGAAGGAGAUGACAUUGGAAAGGAGGUGGAGGCAGAAGAGGAUACGGCAGAACCGGCUGUGUUUGAAGACGCUUCUCGGAUUGUGACCGAAGAAGGAAGUGUUGGUGUGACAGAGGCUGUAAUACCAAUUCUGGUGGACAAAGAAAUUAAUACAGAUGAAGCUAUGUCUGAGUGUGUGGCUGUUAGGCCAAAGGACAGGACCAACCUGAAUAACAGGCAACAGCAUUUUGUGAGGAACAGCAUGAUAGUAAGAUCUCAGACCUUUUCUCCAGGAGAAAGAAACCAAUAUAUUUGCAGGUUGAACCGAAGUGACAGUGACAGCUCCACAUUAGCCAAAAGGCCACCUUUUGUGCGCAAUGCCACAGAGAGACGAAGCUUGAGAGUUAAAAGGACCAUGUGUCAGCCUCUGGUGAGAAGAACUGCCGAGCCGCCGAUUCGCACCUCUCUGGACUUGGAGCUGGAUCUCCAAGCAUCGCUGACACGGCAGAGUCGGCUGAAUGAUGAGCUACAAGUGCUCAGGGAGCUCAAAAACAGGCUGGAGGAGGUAAAGGCGAAGGGGGAGACCGAACUACCCACAUGGAUGCUGGAGGACGACAGGUUCCAGAAGCUUUUGAAACAAGCAGAGAAGCAGGCUGAGCAAACAAAAGAGGAACAACGUCAGGAGUGGAAGGCUGAAAAGCUGAUGAGGAAAGCAUCAAAAGAGGUGUGCAAGCUGCGAGAGCAGAGCCAGAAGGUGCCACUCCAGGUCCAGUCAUUCAGGGAGAAGAUGGCGUUUUUCACCAGAGCAAAAAUCAACAUCCCAUCACUACCUGCAGACGAUGUAUAAUCCAGUUAAUCAUUUAGAUUACAAAGUAUUUUUCAGCAUUUUAGCGGAUUUUGAUAGCUGGCUAAAAGUCUUUUUAAGCAUUCUAAUGAUAUAGAUAUAAAAUAUUUGUAAAUUAAUUGCAAUUGAAUACCUCUGUAUUUAAAAAAAAUUUUUUGGUCAUAGAAAAACCAAAGUAGUGUAAUUCUGAAGCAGUUGAUGCUAAUUUUGUACAGUUUGUAUGUAAUUUUUUUUUUGGAAUGCUUUUUGUUUUGUAAAGAAGGGAAACGUGAAUGGAGCAGUCCAGAGAAAUGUAUUCUGUUGCACAGCACUGCGUUUUAGAAGGUUGAUUCCUCCCGGCAUCUCCUGCUCAGUUCCCAUUCCUUCACCUCUCCCAUUCAGCAGAGGUUAUCUUAUUGCUUGUCAUGUUUGUGUAAAAUCAGACUGUGAUUAUGACAGUGAGCCAUGGAUUAUUUUUGUAUAAGGGGCAUGAACCUAUUUUUUUUUUUAAUUCUGCUCUUGAUUCUGUGACAGUGCUUCCUGUCCACCUCCAAUGCUCCUAGCAUCUGCACCCCACUGUUGUACUUCUACUCAAAUCUCAGCGCAGCAACUAAGUGGCGUGGGAUGUAAUAAAUCCGUAGUCUACUCGAUGUACAAGUCUAUGGCUUGAUCACUCUUACUUGUUAUACCUGAACUGGUGGCAUCCUCACACCACCAUGGUUCAUUACAAUUCUCGUUACUUACACAGAUUCAAAAGAAAGGUCAUUUGACCAUCUGAGUACUUUUUUUUGGCCAGGAGUUAUUAAACUGUGUAUUCCCGCUCUGAAGGAAUGCAUUUGAAAAUAAACCCUGUGAUUAUAUUUAUUAAGUGAGUUGUCCACUUUAAUUGACAUUUUGUGUAGCAGAGUCUCUAAUCUGCCAGUUAAAUUUAUGUGAUGAAUAUUUUAAAAACAAGUGAUUUGUUUUAAGAUCAGUUUACCCAGACUCUCUUGAACCAGAAUAUCCCAGUUUUUAAGAUACACAAUUUCUUUAUUUUAUUAUUUAUUUAGAGAUGCAGCAUGGUAACAGGCCCUCUGGCUCAGUGUGUCCAUGCACCUAGGGCGCAAAAUUUACUGAAUUCUUGUUCGUAUUCCAGCUUGUGCCAAAUGAGUUUCAUCAUUAUCAAGUUGGCCGAUGCGUGUACUAUAUAUCCAUAAUGUAAUUGAGCUAGGGAGGGGUGGCUAACAAAAUCACAGUACAACAUUAAAAAUAAUUAUAGGUCUCUAAGCAACCCACGCACAACUUAUGUGGAAUGCUUGAUACAUUCAUGACUGCUAGCCUGAGCCCAUAGAAAGGAAGGUGCACAAGUAGAUGUGGUUGAAGUUGCAUUUGGCUGUGAUGUCCAUCUCUCCUGGCAUUGCAUGCAAUCUAACAUACCAAGAUGACCGAUUUAGCAUUGUUUCAGAACAUGCUAGUUGGUGGCAGGUGACUGUGACCUACACAAUGAUACCUUCAGCAGAAGGGAAGGAUAUUGCUAGCUGGAGAAGAGGACCUUUAAAAAACUGUUAGACUUUCAUCCUUGUAGAAUGUAGAUGUAAAAUGUUACGAAGGUUCUUAAAAAGUUAAAACUGACUAGGUUCCGAAUCACCUAUAACCAGAAAUGUUUGAUGUUCAGGAUCUAGAAUAAAGAGAUGUAUAAAUUUUCACAUUGCCUGCUAAAAGUUGAUGCAUCCAGGCCCAAAACGUCAACUGUUUAUUCCUCUCCAUGGAUGCUGUCUGGCUUGCUGAGUUCCUCUAGCAUUUUGUGUGUGUUACUCAAGGUUACCAGCACCUGCAGAAUCUCAUGUGGUUACGGUUUUCCGACUCUCUCCACUUUCAGCAUUUGUCCUUUCUUAUCGGUCGUGUGUGCUUUUGAUGCCAUACUGUGGAGGAGUGGUAGAAUGCCGAGUGAUUUUUAUGUCUUUUCUGGCUUAUGACCAAAAUCAACUGUAAAAACGGAACCUGCUUGUUUCCCAGGGAUGGCCUGUAGCUGCAGAAAAGUAGAACACUGGUUGGGGGGGGGUCGGGGGGGGGGAAUAUUGGUACUUUUCUUCAUGUGAUCCCUGUAAAAUACUGAUAAAAAUGCAUCUUCUGGAAUUUUGUCACUGUAGAUCAAAUAAUGCAGAAUAUAUACUGCAGAAGCAUGCAUUACAACAAUUGUUAGGCGAAUGACUUUGAACAGCCCAUAUUCAUUGCCCAACUAUUAGCCAGGUGACUUGUUAGGCACUAAAAAUUAACAAUGUCGAGAGGUUCUUGAAUGCUGAGCAUGCAAGUACCUUUGCCCCGGAGCAACUUGUUACUACAAUGGCUGGUAUCAGCCUCCAUGAUAAAGUUUCUAUUGCUGGCUUGCCAAUGACAAGAUUUCUUAAAUCCCAUUCCAGAAUUUGUCACUGAGAUUUAAACCCUCAUGACUGAAGACCGAUAAUCUAAUGCUUACAGCCACCACGUUGACAGGGUGGCACAGUAGCAUUGUGGUUAGCACAAUGCUUUACCGUACAGGCGAUCCCAGUUCAAUUCCCACCACUGCCUGUAAGGAGUUUGUACAUUCUCUGGGUGCUCUGGUUCCAUAUUCAGUUGGUAGGUUAAUUUGUCAUUGUAAAUUCUCCCAUGAUUAGGCUAGGAUUAAAUGGGGGGAUUGCUGGGAGGGGUGGCCUGGAAGGGUCUAUUCCAUGUUGCAUCUCAAUAAAAAAAAUAAUUUAGCAAGGAAUUCUUUGUACAUUGAUACCGUAGUUUCAAGACUUGUGUUUUAGAUUGUAUACUCAGAAGUUAAAAUAAAGAUCAGGAAGUGGAUUUUUUGGGGCUAUGCUAUGGUCUUUAAGGAUAAUGAAAUGAAUAGUCUUUUUGAAUAUAUUUACAAACUUGCUAGAGCAGGAUAAGAACUGGCUUUAGAUAUGCCAAGCUCUCAGAAUUCUAACUUUCUACCCAGGAAUAAAAAGAACAUAAGACCAUAAGAUAUAGGAAUAGAAUUUGGCCCAUCGAGUCUGCUCCGCCAUUCCAUCGUUGCUGAUUCCCCCCAUUUUCCCUCUCAGCCCCAAUCUCCUGCCUUCUCCCCGUAACCCUUUAUGCCCUGAAUAAUCAAUCAACCUCAGCCUUAAAUGUACCCAAUGACUUGGCCUCCACAACCACCCGUGGUGACAAAUUCCACAGAUUCACCACUUUCCGGCUAAAGAAAUUCCAACUAAUGUUUGAACAUAGGCUGCAUUUGAGAUAAGUGGUGACGGUUCUACAGAAUAUAGUGUCAAUCCUGUGUUCCUUCUGCAACAUUGAUCAUGAAUCAAGUAUGCUACACAAUGGUGGAGUCUUACAGCAAAGUCUAUUGGUAUUUUACUUCAGAUGAGACAAUAAGUCUCAUUCAGCAUCAGAAUCAGGUCUAUUAUCACUGACAUAUACCGUGAAAUUUGUUGUUUUUUUUCACAAACAACAAAUUUCUCAUUCUCUUGCAAAAUACGAGUUAACCUUUCCAUUUUAUAAACAGUAAAAUAUUUUAAAAGGAAUUCUUUGGUUACUUCAACCAUGGUCCCCACUAGUGAUGAUCCGUCUGAGUUUUCAUAAUGCUGUCUAGUCUGAUGUAAAGAGGGCAAAACAGGAUCUAAUGGCAAAGGAUAAUUCUUGCUCUUGGGUAUAAUAUUUCUAAAAGGAAUAGGACAAUUGACUUUAUCAGGUUCCAGCUGGACUGUACUGGAGAACUGAAUUUAAACAAUAUGGUGAGGAUUCUUUGAAAUUCCCAUACAGCGUGCAUGUGUUUCAGUUUUUGUGAAGAUGGUCCCUGGUUAAGAUGCUUUGCCUUUGGCUGAGCAAUCUUCUUUCAUAUAGUAUUAUCAUCCUCUCCCACGUCAACAGUGCUUUCCCUGUCAAGCCAUUCUUUCUUCAAUCUUCACUUGUAUUUGACUACUAAAAGGUGUACCACCAACAACAUUCAAGGUGGACAUUAAGCUGGAAAUUCUGUGACUAUUUAAUGAAGUAUAUUGUUUCAGCUGGCAUGUGUAUGUCUCAGAAGUGUGUAAAAAAAAGUAUUUACAGUGAAAUUCUUAGAAUUGUACCUUUUGAUCCUCCUGUCUAUUUAUUACAGACUUAUUUAUGUUUUGUUCUGUAUAGUUCAGUUCUGGACAUUUUAGGGUAUUUUUCUAUCAAUACUGCAGUUGGUACAAUCUGGCAGUCAGCUAUUUUCUUGAAAAAAGAUGAGUAUAUUCAAAGAACACUGAAAAAAAAAUUGAAAGAGCCAAAAAUGCUGGAAUUUCACCUAAUGUACUAAAUUAUCAUCUUUAGUUUGUACUUUGUAUUUUCCAAGCAGUCAAGAUGGAAAACCUUCAAAUAAGUGAAGAUUUAGCCUAGAACUGUGAAUUUUAAGACACUCCUCGAUCAGCUUUUUUUCUCUUCAUACAUUGUGGGACUUCAUGGUUGGUUUGUUAAAAUCCUUGAACUAUUAACGCGGAUAUUCAGAAUUUCUACUCUUGAUUUAUAAACUAGCUUAUUUUUAUUAUAAAAAGUAAUGUCGUUACCACCUUGGAUUUUGAUAAGGAAAUCAAUCAUAUUAAGUAUGUUGUUUUUGACAUUUAUAUUUUUUGUGAAAAAACAAUUUUAUAAAAGUUCUUUUUGUUUUAUACCUGUAUAGAAGCGCUGAUAAUUUAUUUCUUUCCAUUUCCUCUCGUUGUUAUAAAACGAUAAAUCAUCAUACUAAUUAUAACAAUGCUCAUACCUACAGCUCACUUAAUUAGUGUUCAAUACUGUGAUUUUUAUAUGUAAAUGAAAAAGAAAACUAUCAAGGACAUUAUAUUUUUCAUAUUGAAUGGCAUUUAAAUAAAAUACAAAUGUGAGUAAUGCAGUAAUAAGGACUUAAUACAAAACUGCAGUCUUAUCAAAAAUAAUGCUUUCAUGAUGUCUUAAUUCCAACUGCUUUGUUUUCUCUUGUUUUGAAAUGCACAGAACUGAACUAGCUAUCUGAACAUGUUCCCCUCAGAUUAUGGCUUUCAUUCUAAUUUUAGAUUACCUGUAGUUUGCAAAUAAACUAUCACAUUGAGUAUUGUUGUCUCAGCACUUUUCCACAUGUUCUGAUAAUUGAUUAAAAAAAAUGA